AUUCCUGAGUUGUUCAAUCGAACACAAAAACGUUCGCUUGCGCACAAAAUAACAAAUAAGUCGCGCCCAAAUUCAAUUUUAAUAAUAAAUAAAGAUGUUUGAAACCGAAGAUAUGUUGCCACGCGCAGCUCCUAAGCCCGCUGCGCCGAUGCCGCUAGGACAUACUGGUGAAGUAUUGCAGCCUACAGUGCCGGAGGUAUCACUAUUAUUUGGACAGCAGGCGCCACAAAUUCAGCAGCGACAACUCGAGUAUCAGCAACAACAACCACCACCAUCUCAGGCUCAGCGUCCUCCUAGCUUUGACGCAUGGAAAAAACAAUUACUCCCAAGAGUGAAUUUUGCUCCAGUUUUAACUACAGAACUGGGACCUGCAUCAGCUCCACCCAAGCCACCUAGCACAUCAGUUGGAAUUGCAGCGUCAACCAGCGAGUAUAAUUCGCUUCCACGCAAUCGCGCCUUUGAGAACGAUGUUCUAGUUUCAACGCAGCCCUUGACUAGUAAUCAUAAUAUUGCUUACAAUGCUGCGCUUUCGGCACAAUAUACGCGAGAAGCAGUGCCAUCGCCGCGUUUGCCGAGUGCAUCCACAACGGAUGUGCUAACAAUCUGUGCUAGCACUCAAACUGAUGGAGAAAAUAUAUCAUCGAGGCGUGAUCUAUCUGUUGACCUAUCUAGCUUGGCUAGUAAGCAAGACGUGUCAGAGGUGCUAAAUCUAUUAGAUAUAAUGCGUCAGGAGCAGCAUCAUCUAAGGCGUUUAUAUGAAACGUUACUCCAGCAGCAACCUGCACCCAAUGCCAAAGCAUACAAGGAAACUGCUGCGCAAUGUGAGAUUAUAGUUGCCACUAAAAAUAAUGCAACGGCUAAGCGCAUAACACCAAUAGUGCAUGAUUACAUAGUGGAGGAGGGUGAACCGGCAGAGCCGCAGGCACCUCAACCACGAGUCUUGCCACAAUUUAAUUCACCACGUGCUACACCACCUAUGGCGCAAUCAACUGGAUAUCGACCAAAUACUCCACAAGGAAAGUCGCCAGUUGUAACUGCUGUGCUACCUAAGGCGAACACUGAUAAGAGCAUGGUCAUGAAUGAGCUGGCACUGAAGUACUUGCCACAGAGGCAAAUCAAUGAAUUAAUGGAUGAUCUGCGUUUGGAAUCGACACCAUCAAAAGAUGCCGUUAAUGCAGGCGGCACACCGCUACGUCCGAUUGAUAAUUUUGCUCCAAGACCGAGCGACAUUUCUAACGCUUCUUACAGAUAUUUAAAGAAAUAUCGUCUGCUUCCCGAAGAGCAAAUGGCUUAUGAUCAUCAAAUGUCGUCGCCACAGACAAUGCGUAGGCUGCAACGCACAGGCUCACCGUCUCCAAUGUCGCCACAGAAUCAGCAGCAUAUGUUGGAUUUGGAAAACAUACGUAAUCAGCCCAAGCUCAUGUAG